CUUAAAAAAGACAUAUAUACUACACUAGUACAUGCUUCUAAACUUUUACUUUACUCGAAGCCUUGAAAGUAUAUAUUUGUUUUCAUCAAUUCCUAACCCAACAACAUCCUAUAUAUACUACCCCACUACGAACAGUAUGACCUCGGCAAAGUCCAAAGCCAGUGAAAGUGGCACGUCAAAAAACGACACGGCAGGGACACCACCGGCCUACGAUGGCUCCUCCACCUCCGAUGCACCACCGACCUACGAAUCCGUCGGACGCGCCCUAACGGCCCUCUCGCAAGGCGACCCAGACGAGUUCAUCACAGUACCAUUCAUAACCCGAACCGUGGCCUUCAGCAUCCACAACUACAAUCCCUUUUCGCACAAGCAAGGCGAGGUCCGUCAUUCCAUUGUGACGCGCCGGAUGAAGCGCUCGUAUUACCUCGCCCACUACGUCAAGGACAUAGACGGCAAUUUUAUCGGCACCGGCCGUCCGGCAGUAGAUGCAGAGCUCGUAUUUGUGCCGGGCAAGAGUAGCCCCGAGGACUUGCUGCGCCAGGUCGACGAGGUGGUGAUCAAGGUGCAGAGGCUGAGGGCCAAUGGCAUUGGUGAAUGGGGGAAGCCGUUACCGGAUCAUGGCGUAGGACAGGGCGGGGGUGGAAUGGCUAUGUAAGGUGUGUGUGCGGAUCUUUUCUCUGUUCUUCGAUUCGACAAGAACUGUUUGUAUCGUUGGAUGAAUUGAGCGGUUUGUUCUUUUAAAUGAGGUGGUAAAUGAAAUUCUCGAUGCAAAUAACGUGCGGGAUCAGUAAGCUGGAAAGAUCAGUAAGCUGAACGCCCCACCCAACCUGACGCGACUCUCUCCACAACCACCACAAUGCCGCGACAACAACGCUCUAUACAGACUUCUCGUGAAGGUAGAAUAAGCCUU